CAUCACCUCCUCACCGUCACCAUCCCCACCAUCCCCACGGCGGCCGUGUCCUGGGCAGCGUCCGGAUCGCGCGGCUUUGAAGAGGAUUCCAGUCUUGUGACCCAGAGCAGUCAUUCUUCUGAAGAAAAUCCGGUUUCCUGUGCCACCACCCCCACCAGAAACCAUGGAGAAGUUUGCAUCAGAAAAGCCUGUUCUUGUGUCUAAGAAUGAAAUCCCUACUGUUCCUUCCCAGAAGAAGCCUGAUACAAACUCAUGCCCUCAUGCACCUGCUAAGUGUUUAAGCUCUGGUGGGGUGAACACUGAGAACUGCAAGGCUAAUGAGAAGGAAAGGCAGUGGAUCCGCCCUGAUACACCCAGCAAAUGCACCUGGAAGCUUGGGAAACCCCUCUCUGCCUCCCCCCAUCAUCAUACCACCCUGCCAGAGCCUCCGAAGAUCCUGCCAAGCAUCCUGAAUAAAGUUGGCAAUACACCUAUGGUGCGGAUCAACAAGAUUGGGAAGCACUUUGGGCUCAAGUGUGAACUCUUGGCCAAGUGUGAGUUCUUCAAUGCUGGGGGCAGCGUCAAGGACCGCAUCAGCCUCAGGAUGGUGGAGGAUGCUGAGAGGGCUGGGAUCCUGAAACCUGGGGACACCAUCAUAGAGCCAACCUCUGGCAACACAGGGAUCGGGCUGGCCCUGGCGGCGGCAGUGAAGGGUUACCGCUGCAUCAUCGUCAUGCCGGAGAAAAUGAGCAUGGAGAAGGUGGAUGUCCUGAGAGCUCUGGGUGCUGAGAUUGUGAGGACCCCAACUACAGCCAGAUUUGAUUCUCCUGAAUCUCACGUGGGAGUGGCCUGGAGGUUGAAGAAUGAAAUCCCCAAUGCACACAUCCUGGACCAGUACCGCAAUGCCAGCAACCCCCUGACACACUAUGACACCACAGCUGAGGAGAUCCUGCAGCAGUGUGAUGGAAAGCUGGACAUGGUGGUGGUCACGGCUGGCACAGGGGGUACCAUCACUGGCAUCUCCAGGAAGCUGAAGGAGAAGUGCCCAGGGUGCAAAAUCAUAGGUGUGGAUCCUGAAGGCUCCAUCCUUGCUGAACCAGAAGAGCUGAACAAGACUGACAAGACAACGUAUGAAGUGGAAGGAAUUGGAUAUGAUUUUGUUCCCACAGUGCUCGAUAGAUCUACAGUGGACCAGUGGUACAAGAGCAAUGAUGAGGAGUCCUUUGCCAUGGCACGGAUGAUGAUCCGCGAGGAGGGGCUGCUGUGUGGUGGCAGCUCGGGCAGUGCCAUGUCUGUGGCUGUGAAGGCAGCCAAGGAGCUGAAGGAGGGUCAGCGCUGUGUUGUCAUCUGCCCUGACUCCAUCAGGAAUUACAUGUCCAAGUUCUUGAGUGACAAAUGGAUGAUUCAGAAAGGGUUCAUGAAAGAAGAAGACCUUGGCAACAAACCUUGGUGGUGGAACAUCAGUAUUCAGGAAUUGAGCCUCUCUGCACCCCUGACUGUGCUUCCAACUGUUACCUGUGCCAAGACUGUGGAAAUUCUCCGGGAGAAGGGAUUCGACCAGGUACCAGUUGUUGAUGAAUCUGGGGUGAUUCUGGGCAUGGUUACCCUGGGUAACAUGCUAUCCUCACUGCUUGUUGGAAAAGUUAAGCCUUCUGAUGAAGUCAGAAAAGUAAUCUACAAGCAAUUUCAGCAGAUUAACCUGAAAGACAACUUGGGGAAGCUCUCUCACAUCCUGGAAAUAGACCACUUUGCUCUGGUGGUUCAUGAACAAAUUCAAUACCACACGGAUGGCUCCUCCAGCAAGAGGCAGAUGGUGUUUGGCAUUGUCACAGCCAUCGACCUCCUGAACUUCGUGACUGCACGGGAGCGGGAGAGGAAAUCCAACUAAAGCCAAGCAGCAACCUGGAGCCUCUUCAGCAUUUUCCAGUCUCAAACAAAGAAUCAGGUCUAUGUCUUAAGUAGAAGAUUUUUUUUUUUUUUUUUUUUUUUUUUUUUUGUUGGGUUAUUCUUGGUUUUUUUUUAAAUUCUGGAAAUAAGCAGUUAGCUAUCCUGGUGUCAGCUAUCCAGCCAAUGUGUCUUGCUGUAUUGCCCAGCUUCUGGGACUUGUUUCUUAAUCAGGUUAAGCAGUAUUUCUUAUCAAGACAAUUUAUUUUUUUACCUAUAUAUAUAUAUAUGUAUGUGUAAAAAAUAUUGCCUAAAUUAACUGGUUUGUUCCUUACUUGUUAUGUAUAAAGUUUGGCUUUCCAAAAUAUUUCACAAACACUAAAGGUAUCAAAAUAAAGAGUUACUGAAGCAGAGGCCCAAGAGAGCUCUGGAAAGUUCAGCAUUUUUUUUCUCCCCCCCCAUUCAAGGGUGUUAAGUUAGAUAUUUCCUGUGUGGAGACAAAAUUGGGACUGGGGCAUGGGCAGAGGAAAGGAAGGUUUCCCUUUUGGUGGCACAAUUGUAAAAGAAGAGAAAAUCCUCAGGGCUGAAGCUGAGACUUGCUCCAACCAUCUGCUCUGAAAGAAGCUGGUUUGAGCAGAAGCAUGGCAGUGAAGUGACAAACAUAAACCAGUAGCACUGUUUUACACAGUGCACCAGCUUUCCCUGCCAUGACAGACCUAUUUUUUUCCCAAUAGUAUCCUGAUAAGGAAGCACAAGUGGAAAGAUUUAAAAGGUAAGAUCAAGCGUCUUACCAAAGGUUUUUUUAAAAUCAUUCUGUUUUAUCUAUUACCUUCCUUUUCCCUCCCCACCCUCGUAUUUAUAUCAGAGUGCCUUUUUUGUGCCUGUUUCAGAAGAGCCAAGGAUAAUCUCUCAAGAGCUGUGAGCUAUUCCAAGUCUUGUUUGGGUACUCCUACCCUGUAGUGCCUUAUUCCAGGAGAAAACCUGCCUUGGUUCCCCCUUUCGGAUUAAGGCUAUUGCUGAAGGAAAGUGACCCAUCCUUACCUUAAACUGUGGUUUGCCGUUAUAUUCAUACACUUCUUUAAGAUUUUAAAGUCUAUCUUUAAGAUUUUAACUUUUCCCGAGGCUCUGGAAGAAAACUACUAUAAAUUUAAAAAUGCACAACUUCAAUAGUAACUGAAAGGUUCUAAAGGGUGAUUAAUUUCUUUCUGCCAUUGUAGAUGUCACUGCUGCUAGAUUUUGGCAUUACUUUGAAUAUUUACUUUACUGGCUUUUAUCUGAUCUUUUUUUUGCCAUUUUCCAUCUGACCUUUGCUGACAGCAGCAGGGAGGGAGGUGCUUGAGUAGCUGAGGUUUGUCCUUUUCCCUUGUAAAAACUCCAUGUCCUGACCUAACUGAAUUCAGCAAAAAAUAUGAAAAUGUUAGAAGGAGGUUCCCAAAGCUGCUUUUCAGAGCAGCACAAGAGAGGAGUUAAAGGUGGGGCAGCAAAUUAGUCAGUUAUAAAGAAAUGUAAAGAUUUGAAUCUGUUUUUUUAGUUCACUGUUCAUACAUUAAUCCCUGUAGUGCCAUGAAAACUGACAGUAUUGUAGACUGAGACAUAAGGGGUGGCUAGAAAUGGUGGGGAACACAGGAUGGGAAUCUAAAGCAUUCCAAGGAAGCCAAAGGAUCCAAAGAAAUUCACCUGCUCCCCUGGGAUUUGCUAUAACAGGAGCUGUCUCCUGUUCUGCACUGGCACAGGGAGGAAUGGCGAGACCAGAGGAAUUGGGCAAAUAAAUGGAGUUGCUGCACAGCUGAAAAACUUUCCAGAGCUCUUUCCCAUGGGAGGGAUGAAGGCAGCAAAGAGAAGGGGACAGGGAAUCCAGCAGGGCUGAAUUUUCCUCUGCAAAAGCUUGUGAUGCUUUUUUGCAUGACUGAGAACCUCAUUGCUGGCCUGCUCCUGGUUAGCUGUGGUGGGGCUGAUUAAAACUGGGCUUAUUUGUGUUUCAAAUGCUCUGAAGACCAAGAAAGACACUGCAGUUUGUUCAGUCUUUUACCUGAAGGACAGAGCCUGAACAGAAGUGUAUUUUUUUUUUUCUGAAGUGAGUGCCUGCAUCUUCUGUUUACCUUUGCUGCUUAUGCAAGCGCUGACUAAACCUGAAAACUUUUGCACAUGGAUAUUUUUAUCAACAAUUUAUGCUGUAUUUGUUCGUCACUGUAAGAGAUUAUCAGUCCUAAUGUUGGCUCUGCAAAAAUACUAUUUAAUUUCUCACCUGAAGACAGCUGUUCAGCAAAAUCUGUACAAUAUUUUAUACCAGCUACCAGGCAAUGCCUUAAGGUUCAUUUUCAUGUUGUCAUGUCCAGUGUUAUUUCCCAUUUCUUGUACAAGCCGUGGCUGACUGCAGAACUCUGGCUGGCAGGGGUUGCUCUAAGCAGCCAGACCAGUCUCAUCUGUCCACCAAGCUCAUUUCUGAAAACUUCUGCUUGCUGCUAUAAAUCUCAUACAAGGCUCACUGUCAGAAGUUUCCUGACACUGCCCCUGUCAUCCAAAAGCUUUUCUUACUGUGUCGUGUCAACUAAGGGAAAGGGAAGACUUGUUAUGCUUCAAGGAGCUGGGAAAAAACACUAUGAGCUGUAUUUAUUGCACAGAUGUCCACAAAUGUACCAUACAAAGAGUUCAAUAAAAGCUGUUUGGUUGCAGAA